ACCAACCUCCUCGCUUCUCCGGCUUCCACGGCCAUGGCCACCGCCGUCGCCGCCUUCCGCUCUCUCCUCCGCCCCACCGCCGUCGCUAACACCACCCCGCUCCCUCCUUCUCACUUCAGCUUCAAGAGCUUCCAGCAGCACCGCGUCGGCCUCCGCCUAAACCGUCUAAACCGCCCCAUUCUCCUCCCCGCCUCGGCCGCUUCCGGCGAAGAGUUCUCUUCGGACGGAGAAUAUUACUCGGAGGAGGAGGAGGAAGGAGAGGAGUACGGCGACAAAGAGGGAGAGGAGGCGGAGCCAGAGGCUCAGGCAGUUCGCGGUUACUACCCUCCGAGAACACGGCCGGCGCUGGGACAAGAGCCCGGGCGAAUCUACGUCGGCAACCUGCCCUACACCUUCACCGCCUCCGAGCUCACCGCGGCAUUCUCCGAGGCCGGCAGCGUCGACGACGUCCAGAUAAUCUAUGACAAAAUCACUGACCGGAGCCGCGGCUUCGCCUUCGUCACCAUGGCCACCGCCGAGGAGGCUACCAAGGCCGUUCAGAUGUUCAACGGGGCUCUGCUCGGAGGGAGGACGGUCAGGGUGAAUUUCCCGGAGGUGCCGCGAGGAGGAGAGAGGACAGUGGCGGCGGAAGCGGUUGCAAGGACUAGUUUGCGUGUCGUUGACGAUGGGACAUACAAGGUUUAUGCUGGAAACCUGGGGUGGGGUGUGCGGGCCGACGCACUCAAGGCAGCGUUUGAAGGGCAGCCUGGCUUGGUUGGCUCCAGAGUUAUCUUCGAGAGGGACACCGGCCGGUCAAGGGGUUUCGGGUUUCUCUCCUUCCAGACACUAGAGGAUGCAAAUGCUGCAAUCCAGGCCAUGGAUGGCGUGGAACUGGAUGGGAGGCCACUCAGGCUUAGUCUGGCAUCACAGAACCCUCCAGCUGGUUCAACGCCUAGCACAGUGCAGUCACGGCAAGAAGAAACAGCCUCAGAUGGUUCUGAGGCAGAGGCGGACAUGGAAGAGAGCAACUUACAGACAACUGCCAGUUAUUAGUACCAGUCGACAACUAUAGAUAAUUGAGUUGUAUGCUGUGGGUAACUCGUUUACCAAAUUGUGCCAUUCCAAUCCAAUAUGUACUGGCCUGGGCAAAAUUUUGACAUGAGGGAGACACCGAAAUAAGACUUUGGUUGCAAACACUAGAAUAUUAGACAUAUAGGAGCUCCCAGUUCCAACUACUAUUGUAAUAUAUAUGGUGCAGAAAAUAUGUUGAUUUACAGUGCUUCACAAAUACUGAUCCGUUGAGUUCUUUUA